ACGGUGGAGCAGCAUGCUGACGAGUACAGCGACGACGAUAACGACGAUGAUGCUGGCGCACCGGUGGCCGUGAGCGAUCAGGAGCACAAUGAAGAUGAGGAGGAGGGGGAGGAUGCACACGCACCUCAUAACGAGGAGAGGGAGGAGGAGGAAGUGGCAGUUAGUGGCGAUGAUGAUGAUGAAGCAGCAACAGCAGCGGCGCAGGAUGAAGUGGAAACAGCGGGCAAUGAAGAAGAGGAAGAGGAAGGUGGUGAGAAUGGGCACGUUGAUGUGGGCGGUGAUGAAGACACGGAUGUUCCGCCCGAGGAGAUGCCGCUGGUGCAGCUGUGCCAGCACGUGUGGUCGCUCACCACGCCAGACGACGACGACUGCGUGGACGGCGGACAGAUGCGCACGUUCAUGACCAUGUCGCAGCUGCCAAACAACACCCUCGGCCUCAUCUGGAGCAUGGUCGACACAGAGCAGCGCGGCAAGCUCGACUACCGGCAGCUUGGGUUUGCGCUUGGCCUGAUGGGGCAGGCGCAGCGCGGUGAGGAGCUUGACCCCUCUGUCAUCGGGCCCGCCACACCGCCACCAACGCUGCACGGGCUGCCCCCGCCUGCCGAUGAGGACGACAGCACAGCGUAAUCCACAGCACACUGUAAUUCACAGCACCCCACACAUCACAGCACCGCAUACGUCACAGCGCGGCAUACGUCACAGCACAGUGUAUUCUCCCACCAACCACGCAUUCGGAGCUUCCUCCUCCUCUUCAACCUCCCAUGCUACCUCGUCGUUGUUAUGUUAGCGCGCUUGCCCUCGUCUUUGUUUCUUGUUCAUUCUGCCGUGUUGUCUGCGUGCGUGCAUACGUGUGUGCAUGUACGUGUUCAUUCUCAAGCAGCCCCCUCCCCAUCAGUUGUAGCUCCCCGUCUCAUGCUUGUGCUCAUCAUCGCUUGUCGAAUGUGUUCUUCGUCUUUCCUUUGGGUUUUGUCAAUGUCACAUCAACAACGACACGCCAAGUACAGCAGCAUCAGCCA